AUGGACUUCCUCCGUCGACGUCUCCCCGCCCCGAGGCAGGACCAUCAGGCCCGUCUAGCCCGCAAGCAGGGCGGGACAGCAGCGGCCAACGAGGCCUACCAGCCGUCCCGCGUCGCGCAGCUGGCCCAGGAGGCUCCCAUCUGGUACAAGUCCGCCGCCCGCCGCAAGCUCUACUUCCUCCUCUUCCCGGCCGCCGUCGUCUCCUACGCCACGAGCGGCUACGACGGCUCCAUGAUGAACUCCCUGCAGACCGUCUCCUACUUUGACGACUUCUUCGACAACCCCCGCGGCGCGGUGCUGGGCCUGAUGAGCGCCAUCAUGGCCCUCGGCAGCAUCUGCUCGACCCCGAUCGCCCCCUGGGUGGCGGACAAGUUCGGGAGGCGGUGGGGCAUCACCGUCGGCAGCUGCAUCAUGAUCGUCGGCGCCAUCCUGCAGUGCGAGAGCACGGCCUUCGCCAUGUUCGUCGUGAGCAGGUUCGUCCUCGGGUUCGGGCUGUCGUUUGCCACCACGUCGGCGCCGAGUCUGGUCAGCGAGCUGUCACACCCCAAAGACCGUGUGACCAUCACGGCCAUCUGCAACACUUGCAUCGCCGCCGCAUGGAUCACGUACGGCACUCGAACGAUCCCGAGCACCUGGUCCUGGCGAAUCCCCUCUCUUCUCCAGAUGGCCCCGAGCGUGGUGCAGCUGGCUGCCAUCUGGUUCCUGCCCGAGUCUCCCCGCUGGCUCAUCUCGAACGAUCGCGGCGACGAGGCCCUGGAAGCCCUGAAGCAAUACCACGGCGAGGGCGAGGAGACGGAGCUGGUAAGGCUGGAGUUUGAGGAGAUCCGGGCGGCCAUCGACAACGAGAAGAGACUUGGAAGCACGACCUGGAAGUCCAUGGUCAAGACGAAGGGCAACCGGUACCGCAUGUUCCUCGUCAUCUGCAUGGGAUUUUUCUCACAGUGGUCUGGCAACGGUUUGAUCGCGUACUACCUGUCAAGGAUCAUGGACACCGUUGGCAUCACGAACAAGAACACCCAGGCGCUGGUCAACGGCCUGCUCAACAUCUGGAACUUCGGCCUCGCCCUCACGACGGCCUUCUUCGUCGAGCGGAUCGGCCGCCGCCCGCUCUUCCGCGUCUCGACCUGCGGCAUGCUCGUCGUCUUCAUCGGCUGGACCAUCGCCUCGGCCCGCUUCGCCGAGACGGGCGCCAGCUCGGCCGGCAUCGCCGUCAUGGCCCUCAUCUUCCUCUACCAGGUCUUCUACUGCAUCGCCUUCUCGCCCCUGCCCGUCGCCUACUCGGUCGAGGUGCUGCCCUACUCCAUCCGCGCCAAGGGCAUGGCCACGUACGUCUUCGCCACCAAGGCCGCCGUCUUCGUCAACCAGUACGUCAACCCGAUCGGGAUCCAGAACAUAGGCUGGCGAUUUUACAUCGUCUACGUCGCCAUUUUGGCCGUCGAGGCCUGCAUCGCGUACGGGUGGUUCCUCGAGACCAAGGGCAAAGCGUUGGAGGAGAUUGCCGUCAUCUUUGACGGAGAGGAGGCCAAUGUCAGGACUGCGGAGAACGGGAAGGGCGAGGGGCCUUAUGAUGUCGAGGAAACGGAGCAUGCGACGUCCAAGGUUUGA